AAACAGGAAGCUGCAAGCAAAAAUGUUCACGUUUUCGUUCCCACACGACAUGUAGUUUAUUAUCAAACCCCAACACGACACAAUAUCCGUCUGAGUAACACGACUAAUUAAUUAUUUUCUCCUUCUGUCUCUGUCUCCAUGUCUGUUCUGGGCUGGGUUUUUUUCAUCUCCAGUGGAAAAAUAUGAAUAACAGCACUGCGUGGUGGACAUGCGCGGAGCUGCAGCGAAUAUGGCGGCUUGCAUCUGAUAGAAAGUGAGGAAUCUCCCAUCAAAAUACCCUGUUCAAACGUGUUUGUGUAGGUAACAGUUUAUCUGACUUCACCUCCUCUGCAGCAGCACGUUAAACAUCAUCAUCAUGGGCCGAACACCACACAGAGAUCAAAAAGAAGAGAAGAAGGAGAGGCGAAGCAGCAUCACAGCGGGCUCUGCCCUCGACAAAUCUAAUGAACCAUUCAGCUGGGAAGAUUAUCUGAGAGAAACAUCCUCCAUUGCAGCGUCGCCUAAUUGCUUCAAACAGUCCAGAGUCCCCCCCUCCAAUGACUUCAAAGCAGGAAUGAAACUUGAGGCACGGGACCCUCGCAACUCUAACUCAGUGUGCAUUGCAACGGUGAUGGGCAUGAUGGGUACUCGUUUACGCCUACGUCUGGAUGGUAGCGACAACACCAAUGACUUCUGGCGGCUGGUUGACUCGUCAGACAUCCAGCCAAUAGGAACCUGUGAGAGGAAUGGAGACAUGCUGCAGCCACCGCUGGGUUUCAGGAUGAACGCCUCCUCGUGGCCCAUGUUUCUCCUGCGGACGCUUAGUGGAGCAGAGAUGGCUCCUGCCUCUGCUUUUAAGAAGGAACCAUCCAGCCCUGCUAAAAAUUACUUCCAGCCUGGUAUGAAGCUGGAGGCAGUUGACAGGAAGAACCCUUACCUGAUUUGUCCUGCCACCGUUGGAGAGGUCAGAGGUCAGGAGAUUUUUGUCAUGUUUGACGGCUGGCGAGGAGCCUUCGACUACUGGUGCCCCUUCGACUCCAGAGACAUCUUCCCCGUUGGCUGGUGUGCCCUUACGAAACACAGCUUACAGCCGCCUGGAAACUUCUUCACCCUCCCUGGUGCACUCCUUGCCCCCGUUUCUUCCACCUCAGCCUCCCUCACUACACGUCGCUCCUCUUCUAACUCCUCCUCCAUGCAGACCUCGUACCGACUGCCCAAUCCCUUGCCACCCCUCCCCGUUCGCAAGGGUGUCCGAGGUCGUCGUCCCAAAUCCCAGACUAUUGCUUUGUUGAAGGCAGCGGCUGAGGCUGCUGCGGCAGCAGCAGUAAAUGGAGCAUCACAGAGCCCUGCCAGAACUGGCUCUGAGGCUCAACUGGCCCCCAGACCACACAAGAAGAGAGGGCCCAAGCCUAGGAACAAGAAGAAGCCUCGGGUGGUGCAGUCCCUGGGGUCAUCAUCAGUUACGGCUCCGCCUCCUGAGACCAGACUGAGCUCUAGCCAUGUCUCAGUGGACAACAACCACAGCAACAACUCAAAUGUAGUUUGCACAGUUUGUGUCUACGUCAACAAGCACGGUGACUAUGGCCCGCAUCUUGACCGAAAACUAGUGCAGCAACUCCCGGAUCACUUUGGUCCAGCUCCGGUCAAUGCUGUGCUUCAGCAAGCUGUUCAGGCCUGCGUGGACUGUACUUACCAGCCGUCUGUACUGCUGUCGUUCCUGCAGAGCCAGUCACACACAGGAGGAGAGGUUAUUAGAGUGCGGUCAGAGCAUGGUAUCCGCUACGUGAAGCUGCCCUCUGCCUCCAGUGCAUCGUCUGUGCUGCGGUUCCUGGAGAACAUGUGCCAACAUCUGGAAAGUGACAGUCUUUUCAGCUCACAGCCGUUCAGCCCCUACAACAACAACACACGCUUCUACAACAAGACCAAGUCAGCAGAACCGCCGUCCCACACUGAGAACGGCCUGGCCAAUGAUGAUUCCACAAAGGAUUCUGCUCCCAGCACCCGCUCCAUUCACACCGCAUCAGACUACAGAGCAGCAAAGAAGGAGCGGCCAUAUUACCCCGGACACACACACACACCACCGCCCUUACGACGAGUCAGCUCCAACCCGGCUGAUCUUGGCCCAAUGUGUGCACACAGACGAGUGGAGGCAGCUAGCUCAACAACAGGCCCAGACCAUAUGAAACAGGACAAGGAAGGUUCAGGGAACGACGCUUCUUCCUGGUCAGUUGAUGAUGUCAUACGGUUUGUCCAAGAGGCUGAUCCCCAAACGCUCGGCCCGCAUGUUGAACUGUUCAGGAAACACGAGAUUGAUGGGAAGGCUCUGAUGCUGCUGCGCAGUGAUGUCAUUAUGAAAUAUAUGGGACUGAAGCUGGGCCCAGCGCUCAAACUCUGUCAUCACAUCGAGAAGCUGAAACAGACCAAACAAUAGAGGAUAAAGGCACUCUCUUUUCUCACUGGCAACCAAACACACACAAACAUGUAUUAUUCUACAGGGAUGUAGCGCAGCGUCAGUCCAUCUUAACCAGGGUCGUAGGCACCACUGAGGAUGCUGAGCUCACGUCCUCUGUAUUUUUUCUGAAUUUGGGGAUUUUAGAAACCUGCAGGGAGUUAAAAGGUUAUACAUGUUGGGUAUUUCAUACUUGGUACUUGAGGACCAACAGAUAAAUAAAUCCUUCUCAGAAUGUUAUUCCUGGCAGUGUGGAGAAAGCUUUGAAGCAGCAUUUAGAUCUUGGGAAAUAGAAUUUACAAGUAUAAUUAAACAGUAAAAUUAAAGCCCUGAGCUGAACAAUUUUACUUUUUAAUUAACAGAACACAGUUUACUUUCACAUUAAAACACAUACACAUUACAGGAAAUCAUAAUUUCCAGAUGUGUAAGUAAUAUCAGAUGUUUGAGCAUAAUCAUCAUUUUUUUCAUGUUAGUGGUUUUUUUUUUGCCUUAUUAUAAACUGGAGGCCAUAAUUUAUCAAUUAAGUUACCUCUACAUUGCCAGUGCGCACAAAUACACACACACACACACACACAUUAUAGGUUUUUCAGCUUUGUCCCCCUCAGAUGUCUGUCAGAAGUAUUUUUUUCCCUAGUCAGAAUUUCAGGAUGGACGCUCUGCACAAAAGGUUGGGAAAGUUAGUUCAGGUACAGGCAGUGAACGUCUCACUGCAUCAUUUCUAACAAUGCAAUAAAAGGUUUCUGAAAGACUGCAUCUGUUACAGACUGUCAAAUUUAGUUUAUGCAAGUCAGUGAAUGUAUGCAGUCAUGAGCAUUAUUACUCAUAGGUACUGAACAACAGGAAUGCUCAAUUAUGUGACUGAGAAGUGUUGAAGGGUUUAAUUUCAAAAUGUCGGAUAAGACGUCUUGUUCCCUGAAGUCAAUCAUUGCAUAAAUGAUUCCUGUCCUCAAUCAAUUCAUUUAUUUUUAACGAAGAUCAUAAAUUAACUUUGGCCGAGUGGGCGCCGCUUUUAUUUAAAUGGUGGACAUUUUACUUUGGAAGAAAACCUUUCAUCAGUUGUGAUUCUGCAGCGCAGGCCGUAGAUGUAGAAAAUCAGUUACUGAAAAGUUUUUUUUCUGUUUUGUUUGUGUGUGUUUUUCCUGUAUUGGAAGACAUUCAAGCUGGGUGGUCUCAGCUUGAGCACUGAUGUGGCUACCUGAUUGUAUUAUGCUUUGACAGUCUCUCUUUCUCUCUCACACACACACAGGAGACAUACACAUGUAAUGACUGGAAUACUGUAAGUGUUUUGACAUUAAAAUAAAGGCAAGGUUGUUAUCUGUCAA